AGAGCAAAAGCAAAAUGGUUUUGCACACAAGGAACCUGGUUAUUAAAACCCCGCUUUUCUUAACUCCAAUCCUCUUCCUUUAAGGCAUUUAUAUGUUCUCAAGAUUUUUAUAGAUAUUGAUUAAAAACCUCAAAAUACUGGGAUUUGGUUCAAAUAUCUAAAUUAGUGUAUUUUGAGAGGGCUUAAAACAUUCCCUUGUGGUCCAAACCUUAAUUAAAUACUAUAGGAAAAUGAAUCAAGACACUCCGGGCUUGGAUUUUAGCUUGCAAUAAAGUGUUUGAAAAUGAUUUCUGCAUGCCUCUGUGACUACCCAGCUGGAAAAUUCCUGAGAUGCUUGUGUAAGUAUACACUUCUCUAUUUCUCUCUCUAAAACCAUCACUGUGAUUCAUAUACGUAGAGCCCUUUCCCCUCGAGUCUUCUGUGAGCUUUCGAUUUUGGCUGGACUUCAGCUAGAAGGCAAUAUUUCUACCAGCAGGAGGCAAUGUCUGAAUAUGCUUAUUCGGAAAUGUUCAUUUUUGGUAAAUGACAUUGUUUUCUUAUCUGCGGCUGUACCAAAUGUGAGGAAGAAGCAAAACUAUUAUUUCUGAAGACAAGCUCCUCCCCACUGCACACCAGGACACCAGAUUUCUGCUCAGCAGACAAACAACGCCUCCUCCCUCCCUCCCUUCUGUGAAUUUUAAAUAUGGAUGGGAUUCAGAGCAUUUUUAAAUUCCUCACUAAUCAGAAAAAUGUCAUUGGUUACAGCUUUAUGGCUUUGUUAACAGUGGGAGGUGAACGGCUUUUCUCACUUGUUGCUUUUAGGUGUCCAUGUAGUACUGAAAACUUAACCUAUGGAUUGGUCUUCCUUCUUGCCCCAGCCUGGGUGUUACUGAUCAUUGGGUACUUUUUGAAUAGCAGGAUGUGGAGACUCUUUACAGGCUGCUGUGUCAACCCCAGAAAAAUCUUCCCCAAGGGGAACAGCUGUCAUUUCUUUUAUGUCUUUGGUCAGAUCACUUUAAAUGCCCUGGUGGCCCCAAUGAUGUGGCUUUCUGUGGCUUUGCUCAAUGGCACAUUUUAUGAAUGUGCCAUGAGUGGUACUAAGAAUCCAAAUUUCCUGGACAUGAUUUGCAAGGACAAGUCCACUGAAUGCCGACAAGAGCUGCACAAAGUAGCUUGUGGCAAAACAACCAUGCCUUCUGCAGAUACCCAUGAACUGAAGCUAACUCUACAAGCACAAUCUCAGAUCCUAGGAUGGUGUGUGGUUUCCAUGACAGCCUUCUUCUCUCUGCUCACCACCUGCUACGUCAGAUGUCGAUCUAAGAUCAGCCACCUUCAGAUGAAGUUCUGGAAGACCUACGCAGAUCUGGAGAAGGAGCAAUUCGAUAAAACUUUCCAGGAAUAUGCAGCCAGGCUGAGUGAGAGGAACCUAAAAUGUUUUUUUGAGAACAAAAGGCCAGAUCCUUUUCCCAUGCCAACCUUUGAGGCCUGGGAAGCUGCCUCAGAGCUGUACUCCUUCAAUAGAACCCAACAACAUUAUAGCACCCUCCACCGUGUGGUUGAAGGUGGUCAGGAAACCAUUAGCCAAGACACAGAGACAGCUUUGGACUUUAUGGACAACCGGGCUGCUAUUGUCUAGCAUUUAGAAAAGCUUCAUUUCUACCUGCUUUGUAUUUUACAAAUGCUCUUUGUCUCACAUUUGGGGAAAUCUCCACAUUAUAUUAACCAAAAUGCUUUUCAGAGGCAGAAUGGUAUAAUGGUUAGAGUGGAGUUGAGAUUAGCAGGGCUUGGAGUUAGAAAGAUCUGAGUUUAACUCCUGCCCUCAAUUCAUGCCAAACUGGCCUAAAUGUUCAGCAUGCAUUUCAUCUCAUCUCCCACCACUGUACUGGCUGUCCCUCAUGCUUGGAAUGUGCUCCUGCCUCACCUUUUAGAAUCUCUGUAUCUUUCAGAGCUCAGCUCAAGUGCUGCUUUCUACAGUGGAGCUUACUGCUAAAGCCUCCCACUGUCCCAAAAUUACCUUGUUCCUAUUUUGAAUAUAUUUUGUAUUUGUUUAUAUGUGUAGUUUUCUCCCUGCUAGAAUGCAAACACCAUGAAAGCAGGGAAUAUUUUAUUCUCAUAUUUAUGUUCCUAGACCCUAGCAGAGCGCCUGGCACAUAAAUAAUUGGCAUGAAGUAAAUAGGUGCUAAUUGAUCAACUUGGCAUUUGCUAUAGUAAUUUUCUGCUCAUGGACAAAUAUUUUAAUCUCUUUGAACCUCAGAUUCCUGAUCUGUAAAAUAAAGAUAAUAAAUUUGUAUUGCAUACCUCA